AUGCUAGACUUCAAUAUCCUUGGUAUGAAUUCUGGAACGAGCAUGGAUGGCAUAGAUUGUGCCCUUUGUCACUUUAGACAAGACCAUCCCGACGCGCCUAUGCACUUUGAGCUGCUCGCUUACGGAGAGGUACCGCUGGCUCAACCGAUCAAGAAACGAAUUAUGACCAUGAUUUUGGAGAACAAGACUUCACCUUCCGAGCUUUCCGAGGUCAAUGUUAUUCUGGGGGAGCACUUUGCAGGCGCCGCACACGAAUUCACGAAAUCGAGAGGCAUCUCCCUUGGCGAUAUCGAUGGGAUCGCCUCUCAUGGCCAAACGAUCUGGCUACUUUCAAUGCCAGAGCACGGCCAGGUCAAAUCGGCUCUGACAAUGGCCGAAGGGGCUAUCAUUGCCGCACGCACUGGCAUUACCGCCAUUACAGACUUUCGAAUAUCGGAUCAAGCUGCGGGGAGACAGGGAGCCCCGUUGAUCGCCUUUUUCGACUCGCUCCUUUUGCACCAUCCCGAAAAGCUCAGAGCGUGUCAGAAUAUCGGAGGGAUCGCCAAUGUAUGCUUCAUCAAGCCUGACAAGGACGGAAAGUUGGAUCAAGAUGGGUAUUAUGACUUCGAUACUGGACCAGGAAAUGUGUUCAUUGACGCAGUGAUGAGACAUUAUACCGAUGGCAAGGAAGAGUAUGACAGGGAUGGCCUUUGGGGAAAACGAGGCAAAGUGGAUCAGAAACUUGUCGAUGAAUUCCUGCAGCGGCCAUACUUUCAGAUGGACCCACCCAAGACCACUGGUCGUGAGGUCUUCCGCGACUCGCUCGCACAUGACUUGAUCGCCAAGGGAGAGAAAAAAGGACUCUCUCCAGACGAUGUUGUCGCCACAGUGACACGAAUCACAGCGCAGGCCAUUGUAGAUCACUACCGGCGGUAUGCGCCUAGUCAGGAUAUCGACGAGAUCUACAUGUGCGGUGGAGGUGCAUACAAUCCCAAUAUUACCGACUUUAUCCAGAAGUGUUAUCCCCACACCAAGAUUAUGAUGUUAGAUGAGGUUGGUGUGCCGGGAGGAGCCAAGGAGGCCAUCACCUUUGCCUGGCAAGGGAUGGAGGCUCUCGUCGGCCGGUCUAUUCCCGUCCCGACUCGGGUGGAGACCCGAAACCCGUUUGUUCUAGGCAAGAUCUCUCCCGGAAAGAAUUAUCGAGAUGUCAUGCGGCGGGCAAUGGCCUUUGGCGCCGGUCGAUCCGAGCUGCCGUGGGUCACGGAGAUGGUGUUGAACAAGGGGGGCAAGCCGAUCGGUGCGUGA